AUGGCCUCUGUCAACGGGAGCUUCGUCUCCCCCUCGGCUGAUGCCGUCGUCUCCCCCAGGCUCUUUGAGCCCACCGGUCUGGUCGCCUCCGUCCUCGAGGGCUUCACCGUUUGGAAGGCCUUGUUGACUUUGUUUGUUGCCGCUGUCAUCUACGACCAAUUCCGUUAUCUCUGGCUCAAGGGCUCCAUUGUCGGCCCAGCAUGGAAGUUGCCUUUCAUGGGACCUUUCCUUCAGUCGGUGAACCCCAAGUUCCACGAAUACAAGGCCAAAUGGGACAGCGGUGAAUUGAGCUGUGUCUCCGUCUUCCACAAGUUCGUUGUUAUCGCAUCCACUCGCGACAUGUCGCGCAAGAUCUUCAACUCGCCUACCUACGUCAAGCCUUGUGUUGUGGACGUUGCGCACAAGCUUCUUGGUGCCGACAACUGGGUCUUCUUGGACGGUAAAGACCACGUUGAAUUCCGUAAGGGUCUCAACGGUCUUUUCACUCGCCAGGCUCUUUCCUUCUACCUCCCUCGCAUGGAAGAGGUCUACAACGAGUACUACGCCCGUUUCUUGCGCAUCUCAAAGGAGAACAACUUCAAGCCUACUCCUUGGAUGCCCGAAUUCCGUGAGCUCAUGUGCGCCGUGUCCUGCCGUACUUUCGUCGGUCACUACAUCACCGAAGAAGCUAUCCAGAAGAUCGCCGAUGACUACUACAUGAUCACUGCUGCCCUGGAGCUGGUCAACUUCCCCUUUAUCCUGCCUUACACCAAGGCCUGGUACGGCAAGAAGGCUGCCGACAUGGUUCUGGCCGAGUUCUCCAACUGUGCUGCCAAGAGUAAGGCUCGCAUGGCUGCUGGCGGAGAAAUCUCCUGUAUCAUGGACGCGUGGGUCAAGGCUCAGCAGGACUCCGCCAAGUACCGUGAGAAGAUCGCUCAGGGUAUCCAAGUCGAAAAGCCCGCUCAGGUCCUGCGUGACUUCACCGAUUACGAAAUUGCCCAGACCAUCUUCACCUUCCUGUUCGCCUCCCAGGAUGCCACUAGUGCUGCCUCUACCUGGCUGUUCCAGCUCAUGGCCGACCGCCCCGAUGUUCUCGACAAGGUCCGCGAGGAGAACUUGGCCGUUCGCAACGGUGAUAUUAAGGCCCCUCUGACCAUGGAGCUGCUUGACCAGCUGCCCUACACUCGUGCUGUCGUCAAGGAGACUCUGCGUUACCGCCCUCCCGUUAUCAUGGUUCCCUACCUGGUCAAGAAGGACUUCCCCAUUAGCGAGAACGUCACCGUGAGCAAGGGCUCCAUGAUCAUUCCCUCGGUGUGGCCCGCCUGCCACGAUGAGGAGGCUUACCCCAACGCCGACUCUUUCGACCCUGACCGCUGGAUCACUGGUACCGCCGAGCAGCAGACCAAGAACUGGCUCGUUUUCGGUACCGGUCCCCACUAUUGCCUUGGUCAGACCUACGCCCAGCUGAACCUGAUGGCCAUGAUUGGCAAGGCCAGUAUGGAGAUGGACUGGGAGCACACUCCCACUCCCGAGUCGGAAGACAUCAAGGUCUUUGCCACGAUCUUCCCUCAGGAUGAUUGCCUGCUUGCAUUCCGUCCCCGCCCUUGA